UUUUCUCUGGUAUGUACAGGUGGAUCUGGUUUCGCUCAGCACACUGAGAAACAGGGACACUUUCACCAGCAUGAGCCCAAUCAACACUCUCCUGUCACAGCAAAUGAGCCCUGUUCCCAUGAUUGGAGUUCCAUCUACACCUCAGUUCCCUCCAAUAUCAGCCACCAUCACUUCUCUACUGGCUCCUCUCUCCUUAGCAUCAGCCCAGGAACCCUGGGGCCAACACCUGGAGAGAGCCCCCGAGCAGAGGGCUUAUCACUGGGCAUUUGUGCUGGAGAUGGAGCCCAUGCCAGUAUCAGCCAGUCACACCCUGUUUUGCAUACAUUGUUUCCUCAAAAUUUGGACAGUUCGUCUUUUUCUUGCAAGGUCACGCCAAGCUCUUAUUCACACCUACACCUUUCCACAGAACCAGUGUUUCCCUACUCCACUCCAACUGUGGAUGAAGAGCACAGGACUCCAGAGGUGGCCCUCACUCAGAAUGUGGUACCUUCCACUUUCGUACAAGAGAAAUAUCCACCCUCUCCAAAGGAAUCAGGCGUAGUUCACUCUUCCCUUGAGGAGUCACCUGAAGUAGAGCACACCAGUCGGGAGUGCCUACUGGGUAAUCAAAGGCUGGGCCAAGAUAGUGAAACAUCAGAGAGCAGGUCUAGCGGGUCCAGUGUAGGACUUUGUAGCCAAUCCGAGAGCUCAGAGACCACAUGGUGCCUGGAUCUGAUGGAUUCAUACGUUCAUGAGUAAGAGAAAAGGCUGCUCAGCAGUUAAUCAUCUGGACCAUCACCGAACCCAUUUUCCACCAGCAGUGUGUCUUUGUUGGUGGCAGAGCCAGUGCCUGAUCUGGAACCUUUUUCUGUUCCACCACAGUAAAUGGCAGUAAUGGUGUGGAAGAACUGGCACCACACCAAAUUCUAAAACCUGCUAG